CUUCCAUUCCAUAAUCUCACGACUCGUGUGCGCGUUCGUGGUCUUCUGCUCUCGUGGUGCACUCGGCGUCGGGUGGCCCAACGGAGUUCAGUCUUUGUAACGCCGCUAUUUAGGGUAGAUGUAGUGGGGUUUGGAUCAAUUCAAGUGGAGUUGAAAAUUUUUUCCGUAAUCGUCAAAAGGGAUCCAUAUCUGUGCUUAUUCAAAGCCACGAAUUACCGCGGACUUGCUCUUUACAUGUAAACAACACCAAUUGAUUCAGUUCAAAUGAAUGAUUCUUCUAGAGUCCUUCACAGUGCAAACCUUUCACCCCUACGCGAAACAGUAAGGAAAACCCUAAUCGAUAAUCAGUACUCCGCAUUUCCCAGGCUUAUUUUCCACGAAGUGAGGUGAAACAAAAAGCAAAAAAAAAAAGGUGGAUCCGACCGUUAUUAAGUGCUUGCUCGUCGUUAAAGUGGGUCUUCUCUUCGGAGGAAAACGAAGGAAAACCGGCAGAAGAUUACACUCUCGGUUCGAUUUCUGCUCGAGAUCUUGAAAAGUGGGUGUGCUGUUUGUGUAAUCGAAGACACACUUUAAAGUGAGUGCUUAACGUAAUUGAAUAAAAGUGUGUACAGAGGUCUGACCCGGCAGAGGAGAACUUAAAACGGUGUGUUAAGAGGGUGUUGGAAAACACAGAACAUAAUUCGCCAUGUCCGCCUGGAACUAUCACCCGUCGCUGUCGGAGGAGGAACGUGACGAAUACAACGAUGGCUCGGUCAAGUUGCGAAAUCCCAACAUUGAACUCAUGGAUCAGGACAUCCUGUACCAUCUGGCUUUGGGCAGUGGGAGCCACGAUUUGCAGGAAAUGUUCGGUGACGUAAAGUUCGUCUGCAUGGGUGGCACCCCCAAGCGGAUGGAGAACUUUGCGCACUUCAUCAUGGACGAGAUCGGCUACAAACUGCCACCCGGAACGCAGCUGCUGGACAUCAGUGCGUUCUCGUACCGUUACUCGAUGUACAAGGUUGGCCCGGUGCUUUCCAUCAGCCACGGAAUGGGCGUUCCGUCGUUGGGCAUCUUGCUGCACGAGAUAAUCAAGCUGAUGUACCACGCCAGGUGCAAGAAUCCGAUUUUCAUCCGAAUUGGGACGUGCGGUGGCAUCGGAGUCGAGGGCGGUACCGUCGUCAUCACCGAGGAUGCCGUGGAUGGGCUGCUCAGGAGCACCCAUGAAUUGGCCAUUCUGGGUAAGAUCGUUCACCGUCCAGCCGUCCUGGAUAAACGAUUAGUUCGGGAACUGAAGUCACUCGCAUCCCAGGAUGAUCCGUACGAUACCAUCACCGGUAAAACGAUGUGCACAUCUGACUUCUAUGAGGGACAAGGUCGCCUGGACGGUGCCUUCUGCGACUUCUCCGAGCAGGAGAAGAUGGAGUACCUCGAGAAGCUGCACAACUUCGGCGUGGUAAACAUCGAGAUGGAGUGCACCAUUUUCGCGGCGCUGACCCAUCACGCCGGCAUCAAGGCAGCCAUUGUGUGUGUCACCUUGCUGGAUCGCCUCAAGGGGGACCAGGUUAUGUCACCAAAGGAGGUGAUGAACGAAUGGCAACAGCGACCCCAGAUUCUAGUGUCCAGACUAAUCCGAAAGCAUUUGGCCCAAGCGGGCCACCUCAAGAGUCUGGCGGCAAUUCCCAGCGCAAUCAAGUCGCCGCGACGCUUUAAACUGGUGCAGCAGGAGUCGGAGGCACACGAGUAAAUCUCGAGGAGUUUCGCAGAACAUUUGCUCGGUACUUAAGCGCCUGAUAAACGCACGACUUGUGAUGACUGUUGUAGAUUUUAAGACGGGACGCGCUUCCGUCGUGAGCCAUGUAAAGACACGAGGUGCAGGAAAUAAACUUCCUGGAUACACACUCACAGGACACAUUCCAUUUAGGUGAAUAACGUAUUCGUCAUUUGAACCCGGGCGAAUUAAUAUAGAAAUAUUCAAUAUAGUAUUGUUACAGCAAAAGUUUCCAUAUAUACAGUAAAACAUGUUACUAGUGAAAGCGGUUAUAUCGGAAAAUCGCGGCAGCUGACGAGGAAUGAUACCGACGAAAGAUUUCUUCUCGGUUGAUCAACUUCUCUAAUCAAAACAUCUACUUAAGAUAAUUACCCUAUAUUCGCAUCUAUGCGAUGAUUUCCAUGACCACCUUCCAGAAAGAUCCGACGGAAAUCUUUCAUCGGUUCCAGGCAGAAACCAGUCAGCUGAGCACGGAAAUAAAAAUUAAUGUUUACGCUUGUGCGAGUAUAAUAAUCAAAUAGACAACGAGUAAUAGACAACAAAUAACCACGACCACGAAUUUUUUUUUGUUUGGAAAAUGUCGUUAAUUGAUAUUUGAUAGUCGUGUAAUAAAAUACCCCUCAUCGUUUGAAAGAAUAUCUUGGAAUAGUUCAUGAAAGAUUUAAAUCGUCUUAGCUGUGUGGCUUCCAGCCAUUUUAUUUGUUCAUUUUAACGUGACAAAAAAUUAGUGGUCUAUAAAGUGCAUUUAAACCGUUACACUCACAUUUUUGUUUCCAUACAAUCAUUUGAUACAUGAUGUUAAACAAAAUCUAUCGAACAUGCACAAAGCAAUAUUCGUUUUUUUUUUAUUUGAACUUUUGCUAUUCUCUGUUUGGGGACGGAGACCUUUCUAUUCGUUAAAAAAUAGGAAGUGGGUUAUAUCUGUGUUAUAAUCGCAAGGGUGACGUAGGACUAUCGUUAAUUUAGUUAUCAUUUGUUUUUAGUUGCAUCUGAAUCAAUUCUGAAAGAAUGGAUAAAUGAAUAAUUGGGGGACUUCGAAAACGAGAACGUUAUGUUGAAGGCACAAUAUUCAGCAAAAGAAGCAAUCACACGAAAGUUGUAUGAUACAUAAUACAUUGCUUGUAUUGUGAUAUGAUUUUUAUUCCAUUUACAAUAGACAAAAUUGCAUCAAAUCAGUCUACAUUAUUUUUGCGUCCGCUCAUCCUUUCUCACAACACCCAUUUCUCGUUUGAGAAACUGUUGAAUAAACAUCGUUUGCCAGUGUUCAUUGCACCUCUAAUAAAUUACCGAAAGACGUGAUCUUACGUUGAUCGCACUUGAUUGAAAAAUCACAAAAUCAAAUGUAUUUGGUCGCAGUAUUAUAUGGAUAGAAAACAUAAUAAAUUAUUUCGCCUGAAUGUAAUUUUCAAUUCCAAGGGAACUGGCAGAUUGUUUUUCAGCAACGAUAACAUCUUUCCAGAUUCUCCUCGAUACUCGAAGCUCACCAGUGGUUAAUGCUAACUCGAUAACCACUUGUUAAUUGUACUUGAUUGAAAAAUCACAAAAUCAAAUAUAUUUGGUCGCAGUGUUAUAUGGAUAGAAAACAUAAAAAUAAACUCAUUCGCUUGAAUGUUUUUUUCAAUUCCCAGGGGAACUGGCAGAUUAUUUUCCAGCAACGAGAACAUCUUUCCGGAAUUAUGUCGACGCUGGAUGGCAACCAAACGAAAAUAGUUCCGCGCGUGUAUGUGUGUUUGGCGGCUGCUCCGAUGUAUCAAGCGGAACCGUUUGAGGCAUCACUCUCCUCCUGAUGGAUUCCCUUCUAGCCUAAGGUGCACAAACAGGCUCUUGGUGACACCGUUCAUCAACGCUUUCAUGAUAAACGAAGUUAAAUUCACCAUAACAGCGACAACAUUCUUCAAUCGCUGUUCAAUUAUAACUGAGUUGAUUUCCGAGCGGCGCUCGCUUACAUACCGAUUGGUGAUUUCGAUAGCUUGUUUUGAAAGCAAUUUUAAGACUAUUGAAACAAGUUUUUGGAUGAAAAAGUAAUAAGUAUAUGACGUGUAGACAUUUUAUCUUUCGAAUGAUGUGUUUAUCAUACCAUUUCGUUCGAUUGUUUAGGAGCUAUUAACGCUUAAAAUCUCGGUCUCCGGCGUAACGCUUUCGUUUUCGAAACAUUGAUUUCACACCCCGGUAUAGAAAUGAAAGACGUAGUCCUACAUCAAAAAGUAUAUUCGAUAUUUGCUACUUUUCCAACAGAAAUACGAACUAACUGAAUGUUGGGGUAACUUAUUAUACCCCUUGCUGUAUCUACUACUGUAACUAAACCGACUAAAUCAUUCGUCAUUCGUUGAACUAAAAUCGAGCUAAUUGAUAAAUCAUCCACUCCUACCCUACUACUAUUACCACUAAAUAAUAACCAUUCAUUACUCGCUUGACGCAUAUAUACUACGUGAUUCUACGCAACAACAAAAAACCUAUUGUUGAAUUGCUACAUAUUUUCGUUUUUGAUUGUACUAACGUAAAACCAUCAUAUAUAAAUACUGAUCCAAUGGCGGCGAAGCUACAGAUGCAGAUAAUGGCGAUGAUGAAGAGCGAAAAAAAAAUGGAAUCCGAUGACCAAUGAUGAUGUGGCGUGAAAUGUACAAAGCGUAACAGUUAAUUAGUAUAUUAAAAACACACACUAUUGAUACACUAGUUUAACGAAUGGAAACAA